UCCGCCCACACGACUGGUGGUCACGUGACUGACCGUCGCCCAGGUUGUGUCGAAAGCAUCCUGGUGUUAGCAUUUAGCAGUUUGCUGCCGCUGACUAAAAAUAUAAAGUAAGAUGUAAAUAUUUUCAUUACGGCCGAGUCAUUCUAUGCUUCUAACGGAGACAAAGAAGACAAGGAACUACACAGACUGGCCUAUUCCAACGCCGUGUGGUAGCUGGUGUCUGAAGAGGCCAGUUAACACAGCUAACUAAACACCAGCGGUUAGCUAACGUUCAAACUUUGACGGACAGCAGUUCGCUAGCUAGCUGCUAACGCUACUUUGCCAAAUUACUACUACCAUACCAGCUAGCUAGGUUAACUGUCUUGUGAUUGUAGCUGUUAUGCUAACUGAUUAGCGUCGUAGUUGUUUGCACACUGACUCAAAAGCUUUUAUUUUGCUCAGUCGAUUGUGUGAAAGUAGGGUUAACGUUAUUCUCAAGUAACGUCAGCUAACUUAUGAAUAAUGAUUACUGCAGCUAAUGCUAAUGCUAGCCACUUAAACUGCAACUAACACAUACACAGUUACUCGGAGUGAUUUAAAGUAGUUCUGAUGGUCUUCCACGUAAAGGAUAGUGAAAUAAAGUAAGCAACAGAUUCCAAGCAACGGGGAUCUGAACAGUUACACGUCUAAGUUUUCCGAUUGAUUCGGCCAAUCAUAUGAGAUAAAUAAUGCGAAACGCCGGGAUGUCAAACUCAUGGGGAUUAGGGCAGCAGCAUUGUCUCGAAAACACAACUGUCCGAUCAUCUCGAUAAUCCUUACGUUGUUUAUAAUGCAGCUGCAAUAGAUUUUUUUUUAAACUGCUGCGCGUGUAGCGAAACGUUCAGUAAAUAGUAAUACAUUUGGUAGCGCAGUUCAUUGUAAACAAACAGUCUGUGUAGGCUAUAGUCUACUUUACUUUAAGUCAUGUCUGGGGACACAUCUGAUAGUAGCGAUGACUCCGAUGGAAAAACAAAUGAAAAGGCCUGUACUGUCAAGCAUCAAAUCACCAACGCUAAUCUCACAGGCCACACUGAAAGGGUUGGUAUGGAGAACUUUGAACUGCUCAAAGUCUUGGGCACUGGAGCUUAUGGAAAAGUGUUCCUGGUCCGGAAGAACAGCGGCCAUGAUGCGGGCCAGCUAUAUGCUAUGAAGGUGUUAAAGAAAGCCGCUAUUGUUCAGAAGGCAAAGACAACAGAACAUACUCGCACUGAGAGGCAGGUGCUGGAGCACAUCCGCCAGUCUCCCUUCCUCGUCACGCUUCACUAUGCCUUUCAGACUCACAGCAAACUACAUCUCAUCCUGGACUAUGUGAGCGGCGGGGAGAUGUUCACUCAUUUGUACCAGCGGGAUCACUUUUCUGAGGAGGCGGUGCGGAUUUAUAUCGGAGAAAUAAUUCUGGCUCUAGAGCACUUGCACAAGCUGGGGAUUGUGUACCGAGACAUCAAAUUGGAAAACAUUCUUCUAGACAGUGAAGGCCAUGUGGUAUUGACAGAUUUCGGGCUCAGCAAAGAAUUUCUGGAAGAAGAGAAGGAGAGGACCUACUCUUUCUGUGGCACCAUUGAGUACAUGGCACCUGAAAUCAUCAGGGGGAAGACGGGGCACGGCAAGUCAGUAGAUUGGUGGAGCCUUGGAAUCCUGAUGUUUGAGUUGCUGACGGGAGCUUCUCCUUUUACCUUGGAGGGAGAGAGGAACUCACAGAGUGAUGUGUCAAAACGUAUUUUGCGCUGUGAUCCACCAUUCCCCUCUAUGAUUGGGUCCACUGCUCAGGACCUGCUGAAGAAAUUGUUGGUGAAGGACCCUCACAAGAGGCUGGGCUCUGGACCACGAGGGGCUGAAGACAUCAAAGCACAUCAAUUCUUCAAGGGGCUGAACUGGGCUGACCUCGCACAGAAGAAGGUGUCAAGUCCGUUCAAGCCAGAGCUGAAGAGUGAGCUUGAUGUGGGGAACUUUGCUGAGGAAUUCACUGGGAUGGAUCCUGUUUAUUCUCCAGCGAGCACACCCCCAAGCACAGACCGCCUUUUCCAGGGCUACUCCUUUGUUGCUCCCUCCAUACUGUUCAAUAAGAACGCAGUGAUGGGAGACUUUGUAGAAUCCCAGAUUGGUGCUGAACGACCAGCUUCUGCUUCUGUCCAACGCAGUGCAAUGUUACAGGAAUCCCAGUUUUUUCAGCACUACGAGCUGUGUCUUCAUGGCCCACCCUUGGGUGAGGGUAGUUUCUCUGUGUGCAGGAAAUGCAGACACAAGCAAACUGGCCACGAGUAUGCCGUCAAGAUCGUCAGCCGCAGGAUGGAGGCAAACACUCAGAGGGAGAUUGCUGCCUUGAGGCAAUGUGAGGCCCACCCCAACAUUGUCAAGCUGCAUGACGUCUACACUGAUCAGUACCACACGUAUUUAGUGAUGGAGCUUCUGCGAGGUGGAGAGUUGCUGGAAAGGAUCAAGAGGAAGAAACUGUUUGGCGAGGCGGAGGCCAGUCAGCUGUUGCAGAGCCUGGUCUCUGCUGUCAGUUUCAUGCACGACGCUGGAGUGGUGCACAGAGAUCUCAAACCAGAGAACGUGCUGUUUGCAGAUGAGGGGGAGGACGCUGUGCUAAAAGUAAUAGAUUUUGGAUUUGCCCGCCUGUGCCCUGCAGGCAGCGCCCCCCUGCAGACUCCCUGCUUCACACUGCAGUACGCUGCACCAGAGCUUUUUGAGAGUGCUGGAUACGAUAAAGCCUGUGACCUCUGGAGCGUCGGGGUCAUCCUGUACACCAUGCUGUCAGGCCAGGUGCCAUUUCAGAGCGAGCAGCGUGGGAUGACCUCAUCAUAUGCUGCCGACAUCAUGCAAAAGAUAAAAGAGGGCGAUUUCUCAUUGGAUGGGGAAGCCUGGAAGGGCGUAUCGGAGGAUGCCAAAGAGCUUGUCAAAGGCCUGCUGACAGUGGAUCCAGAGAGGCGUCUGAAGCUCUCUGAUCUGAAAGAGAACAGCUGGCUGCAGGGCGGCGCAUCCAUGUCCACCACUCCUUUGUGCACUCCAGAUGUACUGGAGUCCAGUGGGCCGACUGUCCGCACCUAUGUCAAUGCUACCUACAAGGCUUUCAACCGUGGUAAAAGAGAGGGCUUCUUUCUGAAAAGCGUUGACAACGCUCCUCUUGCAAAGCGACGAAAGCUAAAGAUGACAAGCACAGGCGUAGAGACCCGAUGGAGCUCAUCCUCUUCCUCCUCCUCUUCUUCCACGUCCUCCUCCGCCUCUGCAACAGCAUCCAAAGCACAGCCAAAGCAAACUGUGACCCCAAAGGAGAGCUAGCCGAAAUGACAGGCAGGGAGAGCAGCACGGAAAUGAAGUGGUAUGUGCUUUUACUGGCAACAUAAUGUCCUCCAGUGGUCAGUUCCAAAGAACACACUGAUACAACACUGGCUAAUGUAAAGUGUCCACUUGUUUUACAGAAACGCGUAUUCAUUCCUCGUAUUCUCCACAAACCAAACAUGCGUUUUCAUUGAGAAAAGAAGAUGUGGCCUUGAGAAAAUGUUCGUACUUAUUCAGUAUUUGCUCACAAGAAUUUGGUGAUACCACACACUAGAAGUUAAGCAUGAGACAUUUACCUGUUUUCUCUGCAGAUAAGAAUCAGUGCCUGGCUAUAUAGGGAAAAAAGGGAAAAAGGAGCCAUAAAUGAGCAGAAGCCAUAUAUACAGCAAAAGAAGUAAAUAUAUCAAUUCAGUUGUUGUGAAGACACACAAAUUUGCACAGAGCAAAUAAAACAGUCCUUCCAGUAAUUUAUAGACUUAAUCCUUUUAUUGUCGUGUUUAGUUACUUUUAACGUUGACACACAUUUAAAAUUGAGCAAAAAAUAAAUACUGCUAAAGCCAAGGCACAAGUGCUGUGCCACACGGAGGCACUCCAAUCUGCCACAAUAGCAGUUCUCUGAGAUUUUUUUAGACUCGCUUGGAGUCAAAAAAUCUCACUGUUUGCACUAUUUUGCAGAGAAUGUAAACGAUCAAAUGGUCACAAAACAAAUUGCUGGAAGGACUGAGCACAGAGGGAAAAAUAUUGUGACAGGUUUUGUAUGAAGGUAUUUCAGGUGCAAAAUGUUUGAGCACCUGUAACAUCAAAUUUGUAGUUGUGUACAUUGAAUUUGUAUGUGUAUCUCUCUGACUGGCCGAAAAGUCUGUCAAUCUCAGAGCAUAGAAUUUAUACAAAGGUCGGAUCGUUUUGUAGUUUUGCACCAAAUAUCUCGGCGGGACCGGAAGUACGAUUUCUGAUUUGCACCUGCAAAAAACAGAGAAUGUGUGACUCGUGGGGAGGAUUCGAGUGGUUGUAAGUAGCAAUUUGUGUUCGUGUGUUAGAGGACACAGCUAUUUUCGUGGUAAAUUAUUUCACAUACUUAUUGCACAAGUUCACAUUCAGAUUUGCACAUAUUCAGAUUCUCACCUCAACUUUGCACUUAGUGUGCUGCAACAAUAGGUGCAAAAUGUGAGCGUGUCAGUGUUGAAAUAUGUGACUUGUAGAGAAGGAUUUGUGCACCUGGAAUUACGAUUUUGUGAAUGUGUAUUUUUGUGUUGUAUUUGUGGGAAGAAAAAAAAAUCGACACAUACAAGAAAUUAUUUUCCAAGUACACAACUCUUAGAGUGUGGGAAUUCAGAUUUGCUGAUACACAUACAAAUUCAAUGUACACAACUACAAAUUCGAAAUACCUUCAUAGUUUUGACCUUAGAGAUUGUAUAUGAUGAAUAAAGCUGUAUUGGAAAUCUUCUCUGUUGGAUCCAUUUGAUGAUCAUCAGUCCAGGGGGCGCUGUCUUUGCAGCUGCACCUCCAGUACACUACCGACUCUGCGGAUCCCGUUGAACUCUUUCCGGAGAUCAUAUCAUGGAUUUUCCUGCUGUUUCGAUCGGCAGAGUUUGACUAGAAGGGGAUCGCAGUGCUAACGAAGCGUCCAACAGUAGCACCUGUAAAAACACAUGAAGACAAAGGAGCAGUCAUUACACAGAGUGCGGUUUUCUUGUCAUACUCGCUGUAUAUUUCUCGCCUUGUUGUGCUGAUCUGAAAAUCUCUAGCAUGCUACUCUGUCGUGAUGAUGAAAUGUAAGAACUUUUUCUAUAUUUUGGUAUCUCUUGCCCACUAUGGGAAUGCCACUUGGAAGGGUUUUUUUUUAACGCUCCCAAGUGCAGCUUCAGCGUUUGCACAUAAACGGGAGCAAAAUCGGUCUCGGUGAUCCGAGUGCACAUCGCCUUGACUUUGUGCAUUUUUAAAGAGUAUUAUAGCUUCUGUUGGGCUCAGACCAGCGCCACAUGCGGCUCCCACAAAUACAAUCUGAUUUGAUACGGUGAAAUAUUGAUGAAGCUCGGCUCACCUGGGCUCGGCUUUUGUCUUUUUCCAGAAGUUAUUCGUUUUUAAACAUUUUAUGGCUUUGAAAUUUAAAAUAUGUUACAGAAUGAGACACUUAAUCAUGACUUUUUGGGAGAUGAUCCUGUGAGAGGUUUGUAUAUAUUCAUGAUUCAGAGUAAAAAAAAAAAAAAACAACAACAAAAAAACAAAUGUAUGUAAUGAUUUCAAAUUUGACGGCUGUUUUAAUGGUAUUAGUCUUCUGAUGUAAUAAUGUUUUUAUUGGACUUUUUUUUUUUUUUUACAUGUUGCACAGUCAGUUGAUCAAUUAAACACAUUUCAGCUUUAAAGGUGCUUUCAUUGAUAUUUAUUACAUGUAAUUGAUUUAAUGCUGUGGUAAUGGGAUUAUCCUAAUUUGGCUCUUGUUGUGUACCAGUCCUGUGUGUGUGUGUGUUUGUGUUUGUGUGUGCGUGUGGUUGUCUGAGAGUUCGACUGGUGCUGGGAGAUUGGUCGUUCUGAUAUUUCUCUACCAGAUGGAGCAUUAUUGCAAGUUACUGUAUUAUUUUCCUGAUGUCGUUUCCCACCAUUGUCUGUUAAAAGGUAACUGGUCGUGAUAUUUUUACUGCAGAAACUGCUUUUACUGGUGUUGAUAUUCUUUUGUUGUUGUAGAUGAUAUUUUUCUCUUCUCUUUUUUUUUGUUGAGCAUUACUAUUUUACUGAAAUGCACUGUCACUGAUGUCGUAACUGGGAAUUUAUCUUUUUGCACCAAGAUUGUUGUUGUUUUUUUUUGGCUGGUGCAAAAUAAACAUUACUUUUAAAUAAA